UAUUACCAACGGCAGACACUUGGCACGUAUCAGUGAUAGCGUUAAACCCGGGUUCAGUCGGAUUUCAACUUUUUACACGCUGGGUCUAAUGCUUGGCUAAAUCGUCCAGAGAGAACGCGUUUUCGUCCCUUGUCGGAACUACCCCUCUACCCUUGCCUUGGCGCACGUCUAGCAGCCUUCGGUGAAAUGUUUAUUGUCCGGUCGAAAUUCAAGAUUUUUCCGACAAGACAAGAUCGGCUGACAUGUUGGUAGUGCUUAUGUGCCUCAUGAUGAAGAUUUUGGAGUUUUCUUCGGGAAGUUUAAUAGACACUGAACGUCUAAUCGUUCCAAAUGCUUGCCGCAAGAAGAAGCAAAAAAGACGAAGAAAAGGCCUUGGAGUUGGACGUGGUAUGACUACAGUAGACGAGUUGUCUUUAAGCCCGGCUUCAGAUUGCAAUUCGAACAAUGUUGAUGCAAGCUACGCGAGUACAACAUCAGACGCUGAAUUCAUCCAAGACAAUUAUUGCGAUUAUCAGUGGUUUCCCGACUGUGGAUAUCGGGAAAUUCACCACCGUAGUGUUUUGUCUUCCUGCUACGAUGAAAUGGCCCGCGAUUUGGACUCACAACUUGCCCAGGUCGAUAUGGAAGACUAUUCAGCGCAGGAUAUUUUAUCCACGUUUCCUGCAAUGUGCUGCGGCGAGAUGCCGGGUGAAAGACAAGGUGAAAUGUAUGCAAGUGUUUCCGGAUCACUUAUGGUCAAGUUUGAAUUUGAUUCAUCGAUCAGCCCACAUACUAGCUCUCAAGAUGAAUCUUCUAUGUCACUCGGCCAGUCGGAGCCGUUGUUUUCCCCCGUAAAAGAAGCUCCUCUGUUUCCUACAAAUUACAGUGUUGAUUCCUUGGAUUGCGAGGAUCAGGAUCACCUCAUCGUCACUUGUCAAGCGAAUAAACACAACUAUACGAUAGCUUUCCAUGGGUCAACAGUUAUGGAGGAUUCCAAGUCUGAAUUAACUGAAGGAGCAGACUUGGAAAAUGAUACAAAAAAACCGUUUAAAAUGGCUGCAUCCGAUGCACCGACCACUACUUGGAGUAAAUUGAGAAAAAUUCCUCCAAGGCAUAGGACUCGUAGUAAAACUGUUAGUUUACCUGACCUAGCUCCCCCUAACAAGCUUUCUACUUCGUUUGCCUUAGGUCAAAAAAUGAAACUCUACGAUAUACAAAAUAGCAGUUCGGCAACAUCAGAGAGUUUUAGCGGUAGCGGUGACAAUAGUGGAAAUACUCAUAAACAAGGGAAUUUCAGCUUGCUCCGAAUGUUCAUAGCACAAAGAAACAACAUGGAACAAGCGAACGACAAUGCUCACAGAACAACACGAAACAACAAACACGUGAGAAAUUCAAACGAACUCGGCUCGAUGACAGACACGGCUUGGCUAGAAGAAGACCUAUCGGCUUGUUACGAAGACAGUCUAGUCAGAGAUAACAGCGCCGACGAGCCAGAAAGUUCUAGCGUAGAAAGGCUCUCUUCAAAAUCUAUUUCCAUCUGCAGUUGCAGCUUGUCAACUUCUCUCAAUAAAUUCAAUGUUAAUAAUAAUAAUAGUUUCGAGAGAGAACCGAAAAGACAUAAUGUGAAAGUAGGAACAAGUGGAUCAGAAUUGAGUGACCCGACGAGUAGUUCGGAGCAAACAGGGACUGUUAAAGUGGUGGCGACUGAGAGGAAGUGUCCUAUUCAUUGCGUUGAUAGAAGCAUGCAAACAUCGACCCUUCAGACAAUUCACAAUCUGAAUCACAAGGAACAAGAUAAAAAGUCAGAGGAUAAAAAACCUGUGUAUAUACUCUAUCCGAACUACACGCUACCAGAUUUAGGCUUCCUUAGAAAGAACAGUUUGGACCUGGACAGAGUUCUUUUAACUCCGCUUAAAUACUCGGGCGGCAACACGCCCCAAACCCCACCUGCUUCUCAUGCCCCUUAUAGGACAGUUACGAGACAGGAUGUAGAAAUGCUACGGAAAAAAGGCUUGUCGCAUGUCAUGGAUUUGACCAGCUUAACGCCCCUCUUGCCAAGCGAAUACUGGUCUGUACUCACAGAACUGCCUCAGAUCAAACAGCAUUCGGGCCAUAGAUUUGAAAACACCAGGCCAAUUUUCUGCAUGACGCCUACGCAGAAUAAAGAAUAUCCACCGUUCCCAGAUGGUAAAACAAAUGUCAACUCGUCAGGUUGCAGUACUGGUACUGCUCCGUCUUCAGGUUACAGAGGAUCAUCGACAUUGCUAAAUGAAUCAGGUGGAAAUGGGAAUCCUCUUUAUGUAUACAAUUACGGGAGUGAAGAGAAACUUAAAGGAAAAAAGAAAACUAGUGACAUUCUUGAAAAUAAAAGGUACAGCAUGUUUGAAUUUGAUGGUGUUGAAGAGGAAUACAAUGAGAUCGAUGAGAAAGGAAAGAAGCGCAAAUCUUUCCCUGAUAACCAUACAGGUCUAAAGGAUAACCCGGAAAAAGACAUCUGGGAAGAUUGGUGGAAAGAUUCAAAACAUAGGCCGCAUUCCCCACCUUCAGCGCAUGCACAGCGGUUGGAUCAGCUUAUAGAAAUAAGUGGACACGAACAAUGGCAGCCACAUGACAUCCACACUCUACGGGACCAAGUAAGCAAAUUUUUAUGUGAAGUCGGGAGAAAAUGUGUCAGUUUUGCUGAUAAAAACGAGCAGCAGUGUACUCCUCCCAAUUCUCCCACAUAUCAAAAAUAUCAGGGAAAGCAGCCAGGUCUUGGCGAUCUUCAUCUCCAUUCAGAUAGCACUUGCAGAAGUGGUACAACUGAAAACAAAAAAGCUUUAAUUGAUGGUGUGGUUGAAGCGGUCGAUAAAAUUAUAAAUUACGGCGAAGAAAAUAACUCCCAGCUAGUGUUAGAUACACUGUGCCCCACGCUGUACGCUCUUUUGAGUGAUGGGCUUAAAUACCAGCUUGAAACACCGUUCGGACCAAUCGGGAAUUCAGUUUGGCAAGUAGUCGAAGCAUCGGCGCAGCAAGGACCGAUGACAAGAGCUCUUCACGAAUUGGUUAUGAAGCUUAACAGUGAAGAUAUACUUUCAGAGGGUCUGGUCAAAUUCAACGCCUUCAUAUUUGGACUUCUCAAUGUUAGAGGCAUGGAUGCAUGGAUUUCAUACAUUAGAACGAGGGAGAGCAUUUUAAGCAAGCAUUAUGUAGAAGACAGUAUUUUAUUGGCCGCAUCAAAAGGCCAUGCCAUCUCAAGGGGUCUUUCAGAUCAACUCAUCGCCACUUUAAAACCUCUCGCACAGUAUAACUUUUCACUCGAUUUGCUAUAUGAAACCAGACAGUUGCAUGAAAGUCUAUUGCAACUUGCGCGGGUACCCAUAUCUCCGAGUCAGAAUAUUGAGCUUACAACUGAUUCGAUACUUUUGAAAAGAAUCGUUCAGUCGAUUCGGAGCGGUUUGGGGAAUUUCAGCAGCGGCGAACAAUCACAGACAUCAGAAUCAAAAUCGUCUCGACCGAGGUCCUGCGUUGACACAGUGGGCGGGGGUGAUUGCGCUAACACAGCGAGAAAACGGUGGAGUGGAGUGCAAGUGGGUUCACGGCUUGCGAAUGCUUUUGAGAAGCUUCAGACUGAUGAAGAUUUCCCCGAUAGUCUGGAAACCGGGGGAAAAUCUAGUAGUGAGGAAACUAGUGAGAAAGAAAUUGUAAAAGACGACGAUAAAGUCAGGGGUGGUAAAUUUAGAAGUUUGCAAAGAAAGUGGGAAUUGCUUUCUGGAAAAGAUACUACAUCUUCCGAUCUCAGCCCAAUGAAGACAAAUACAUCUAGGUCUCGAAUACCCAGGCCUGUGACAUCCCCGGUCAGGCCUCAGUCUUCAAAAUUGCCUACUCUAGUCAGCAAUCAGCAAAGGCGAAUACCCACUCCAUUGACGUGUGCUAGGCCUAGGGUAGACAGCGGACGAGCAGCCAAUAAAAUACAGAGGCCGAGCAGAGUGGAUUCUACCCAGGAAAAGGUGAUCACAUCCCGGCCUAGCAGCCUGCCCUACAGACCUCCAGGAAAUAGUACAAAGGUACAAAGAAGAGCCGCUUCUUCUUCUACAGUAAGGAAGUCAGAUCGACCAGCGGGGACUAGGCAUGUGGUUACCUUAACUCACAGACUACCGUCAGACAGUGGGCACCUGGCUUUUAAUGAAGGGGAGCGAUUAAGACUGGUUCUCGAAGUAGAUGAUGUUUGGCUGCUGUGCUGUAGGGGUGACCAAAAAGGCCUAGUCCCACGGUCUGCCGUUAUAUAGCAUCCAUUCUAUUUGUAAGUUUGAUUUUCCGUCUUUUGAUCAAGCAAGAUAAACAAACAAGGGUAAUUAUCAUGUAAUUUAUAAAUUUAGUAAACGGGGGUAAACAAACAUCCCCUGGAUAUUUGAGAACCUGUU